GGUUCACGUGCUGCUUGGCGGAGGUCACACGAAAAAGCAACAUGGCGAUUUCCAUAAUAAACAUGUCCAGGGUGGUAUGUAGGGGAUUAAGAUCCUUCCCUUUACCGCGUCCAGGAGUCCGGUUACGGAUGAUGAGCACCACAGCGGGCGAGAGAAACAAUACUAUCGUGGAGUCCACAGACGAAUACAAUUAUGUGGAAAGGCUGAUCCCGCCUACUCGAGUUCCCACCCCACCUAAACAUGGGGGCCCUGCCCCAUCUGGCUGGAGUCCUCCCUCAGAAGUGCCCCCCGAUCUUCCUUAUAUGAUACGUCGCUCCCGCAUGCACAACGUCCCUGUCUACAAAGACAUCACCCAUGGCAACCGGAUGAUGACUCUUCUGCGCAAGGUUGAAGGGGACAUCUGGGCUUUGGAGAAGGAUGUGAAGGAGCACUUGCACAAGCUGACAGGCAAAGUCCCGCCUACACAGGUCAACGAGGUAACCAUGAGCAUCCGGGUCAAAGGUGACUUUGACAAGGACCUGAAGCAGUGGCUGAUCGAAAAGGGCUUCUGAGCAGUCGGACUGACGAUGGCUCUCCAGCUGUGGGUCUGUCUUGCACCAGUCAGGACGCAGAAGCCAUCCAACCAGAGAGAGGCUGCCAAAUCCUGUUCAACCACUUGCCAGCCAACCUAUUAAGCGUUCCAUGCACAAUUCCAGAUGUCAGACUUUGUGCUGUUGCACACAGCAAGUUGUUUAAUUUAAUGUGUAGUUUUCCCAGCUAGGCACUUGCAGUUCAACAAAUCACUGAGUAUGGUGUAGGCUGUUCAUAAAUUUUGCACCAGUGUACUCCCAAUAAAGGACUGUGGCUAUGUUGAA